AUGGCCGACUCUCCCGUUCGCGCCGUCAAGGACAUUCAGGUCUGGGGCCACCGCGGCGCCUCAGCCUUCCUCCCAGAGAACACGCUCGCAAGCUUCCGCGCCGCGAUCAAGGAGGGUGCCGAUGCCAUCGAGAGUGACGUCCACGUCACUUCCGACGGCGUCAUCCUCAUGUUCCACGACCCGACGCUGGACCGCACGACUAACGGCUCGGGCACGAUCAAGAGCCAGCCGAACGUGCGUACCACCAAGGAGCCGGUCCAGCCCGUUCCGCGCUUCGACCAGCUCAUCGAUCUCAUCAUGGAGCCGGAGAAUAAGCACGUCAAGCUGAACAAUGACCCCGAGGGUCUCUUCCCCGAGAUCGCGCGUAUCCUCUCUAAGUACGAGAACUGGGAGCAGGAGCUCGCGCCUCGUAUCAUCCUCGGUCUGUGGCACCCGCUCUUCAUCCGCCCCGCAUACAAGUACCUCCCGUCUUGCACUCGUUACCACAUUGGCAUUUCUCCCUCGAUCGCGCGCCAGUACUUCUGGGACGCGUGCGCCGGCUUCUCGAUCAACUUCUCCAUGCUCGUCGGCUCCGAGGGGCAGAAGUUUAUCGCCGACUGCCGCGCCGCCGGCAAGGAAGUCUGCGUGUGGACCGUCAAUGACCCGAAUGAGAUGCGCACGGCGAUGACCUGGGGCGUCCAGGCUAUCCUCACCGACAAGGUUGGGCUUCUGACCGAGCUGAAGAAGGAGGUCGUCGAGGACCCGUCCAAGGUCGACAUCCCCGGCCUCGCCGCCUACUGGUUCCCCUGGAGCCACUGGCGCUACUAUGCCUUUACACACCCCUGGCUCGAGCGCACGCAACUUGACGCUUUGCGCACCAACUGCUACCAGCCUGGUCCCCUGCACAAGGUGGACCUGGAGGACCUCAAGCCGAACGGCGCCAACGGCACUCCCGUCGCCAACGGCAGCGCCGAGAACGGCCACGCCGUCACUGCGGCCGCCGAGCAGCCCGCCCAGCCCGCCUACGAUGGUCUCGAGAAGGCGGACACUUUCGGGGCGCACCAGCCUGUUGCUGUUGCGGCUGCCUGA